AUGUCUAAAUUCACCGCCCCAACGAAUCUUGUACCCAUAGAACAAAGCAGUGAUACUAAAAUUACUGUUAAUGGAACUUCUACCCAGGCUACCUUCGCCGUUAAGGCCGGCCUUGCACAAAUGUUAAAGGGAGGCGUCAUUAUGGACGUUGUUAAUGCUGAUCAAGCUAGGAUUGCCGAGGAAGCUGGAGCAGUAGCUGUAAUGGCAUUAGAACGUGUUCCUGCCGAUAUUAGAAAAGAAGGUGGAGUGUCCCGUAUGUCAGAUCCAAAAAUGAUCAGAGAGAUCAAAAACGCAGUGACCAUUCCAGUAAUGGCCAAAGUAAGAAUUGGCCAUUUUGUCGAAGCUCAGAUUCUUGAACAAAUUGGCAUAGAUUACAUUGACGAAUCAGAGGUUCUCACUCCUGCAGACGAACAGCAUCACAUAAACAAACAUAAUUUUAAAGUUCCAUUUGUGUGCGGAGCCAAAAAUUUGGGGGAAGCACUUCGUCGCAUUUCUGAAGGAGCAGCCAUGAUACGUACAAAAGGGGAAGCAGGUACGGGAAAUGUUGUGGAGGCAGUCCGUCACAUGCGAACUAUUACUAGUGAAAUCAGAAAAGCUUCUACAAUGAGUGAUGAAGAGUUAUUCGGUUACGCUAAAGAACUACAAGCGCCAUAUCAUUUAUUGAAGGAGACAGCAAAAUUGAAAAGGCUUCCAGUUGUAAAUUUCUCGGCAGGGGGCUUAGCAACGCCAGCAGAUGCUGCAAUGAUGAUGCAGCUCGGGUGUGAUGGAGUUUUUGUCGGUUCAGGAAUAUUUAAAUCCGGAGAUCCGGCAAAACGAGCCAAAGCUAUUGUUCAAGCGGUUGCACAUUAUAAUGAUGCAAAAAUUUUAGCAGAAGUAUCAGAAGGACUCGGAGAAGCGAUGGUAAUUAUUUAA